AUCAUUUGACGUCCACCAUGUCAAGGAUCAGAUUCUAUUGUCUUCUUGGCGGGUAAAUCCCUAAUUUAUGCUCCAAAAAAACUCCUACACUUACCCCUCAAAAUUACUCACAUUUUCCCGCUAUCUUUUUCACUUUCUGACACCAAAAAGGCAAAAAAAAAACAUGAAAAACAAAACAUUAAAAAGGAAAAAAGAUUGCACCUUUAUAUAAUCCUUUUUAAUUACCCAAUACUUUCAAAGUUAAAAGUGACCCCUCACAUGUCCUUGUGACACAUACAGAGAGAGGUAAAGACAAACACAUUCCUGCAAAGGGUUUUUGUUCUUUUUUUCAUUAAACAAAAGGUAGGGUUUUUGUUUUUGGACUGCUUUUAGAAACUGUUUAAGCAAAGCUAUAUCAGACAGUUAUUUAAGGGAGGUUUUGAUAAUGUAUAGCCAAAAAAAUUCUGGGUCCCUGUCUAAUUUAUUACAAUGUGGUUGUUCAUUUCAAUGCUGCUGACCCAUUUAUAAUAUUAUAAUUUUUUUGCUCUUCUUAUUAAUGGGUUUGUUCUUGUACUACAGUACUUUGCUUCUGUUUACUGUUUUAGCUUGAGGGGAGCUAAAAACUGAAGAACCCAUCUCUGUUUCUACAUAAAGUUUCAGUCUUUGUAGAGUGGGAGAUUCUACUGUGCCUACAUUGUAAAUGAAAGUCGAGAUCUUUGUGAUAAAAAUGUUGCAUUUUUAUCUUUUGUUAGAUCUCUUUAUAUGGGGACCAGUUUGUGUUUCAGCUAUUUAAUGGUUUGGCUCAUUUUGCGUGGUUGAAAUAAAUUUCUUUUCUUGAAGCAGUAUCUUUCUCAAAUUUUGAAGCAGAAAUCAGUCUCUUGAAGCUGUGGUUUCCUAAAGUCUGGUCAAGUAUCAGGUAACAAGUGCUGGGUUGGUGAACGCAUUUUGAGAUUCGUAGUACAAAGUUUAAUUGUUUUUUCUAGUUACUGUCUCAAGGAGUAUUGUUCUUUGUAUAGAGGAAAAAGCUUGUUGGGUCUCUCUCAUUUUUACCCGAUACAUGGUAGCCACUUGGUUGAAUUGUUGAUUCACAUAGCUCGAUUGUUGAAAGUUGAAAGCUUUACUUCUGUUAAACAUAUCAACUAGUCUUUAAUUCUUAAGGGCUUGUUUUUCUUAGUGUUGAAGAGGCCAUUUUGGUUCUAUAUCUUGGUAUAAGCUGUAUAUGGUCUGAAAUUCAUUUGGAUUUUAGGUGAAGAUAGAAAUCCCUCUUAUAUUUCUCGAUAUUGGGGCUGCAUCUUAUUUUGGUGGAGCUAUUGAUAGGUUGAAAUAUGAAGCUCUUUAGGCUUCUAGUUUUAUCCCUAUAUUUCCUUUCUGCUAUGGGGCAACUGCCUUCACAAGACAUUUUAGCAUUGCUUGAAUUCAAGAAGGGUAUCAAGCAUGAUCCUACUGGUUAUGUUCUGCAAUCAUGGAAUAAGGAGUCUAUUGAUUUUGAUGGCUGCCCUUCUUCAUGGAAUGGUAUAGUAUGCAAUGGUGGUAAUGUUGCUGCUGUUGUUCUUGAUCACUUGGGUCUGUCGGCUGAUGCUGAUUUGAGUAUAUUUGCAAACCUCACUAAGCUUGUCAGACUCUCUAUGCACAACAACUUUAUAACUGGCAAGCUUCCUGACAAUAUAGCCAAUUUCAGAAGCCUUGAGUUCCUGGAUGUGUCUAACAAUCUCUUUUCAUCGGCUUUACCAAUAGGGUUUGGUAAAUUAGGGAGCUUAAAGAAUCUCUCAUUGGCUGGUAAUAAUUUUUCUGGUUCAAUACCGGACUCCAUUUCGGGGCUUGUAUCAGUCCAGUCUUUGGACUUGAGUCGCAACUCCUUUUCUGGAUUGCUGCCAGCUUCAUUGACUAGGCUUAAUAACCUGGUAUAUUUAAAUCUAUCUUCUAAUGGGUUCACUAAGAGAAUCCCAAAGGGUUUGGAGUCCAUUUCAGGUCUACAGGUGCUUGACUUGCAUGGAAAUAUGUUUGAUGGCCCUCUAGAUGGGGAGUUCUUUCUGCUUGCAAAUGUCAGUUAUGUUGACUUGAGUUUGAACCUGCUGGCGGGCUCUAGUCCAGAGAAAUUACUGCCAGGUAUUUCUGAGAGUAUUAAGCACUUGAAUCUUAGCCACAACCAGCUCACUGGAUCAUUGGUAAGCGAGCUGCGUUUAUUUGCAAGCCUGAAGGUUUUAGACUUGAGCUACAAUCAGCUGUCCGGAGACUUGCCUGGAUUUGAUUUUGCUUAUGAGCUUCAGGUCCUUAGGCUCAGCAACAACAGGUUCUCCGGGUUUGUUCCUAAUGAUCUAUUGAAAGGGGAUUCAUUACUUUUAACUGAGCUGGAUUUGAGUGCCAACAAUCUCUCAGGACCAGUAAGUAUGAUAAUGUCUACGACUCUGCGUGUACUUGAUCUCUCAUCAAAUGGGCUCACAGGUGAACUUCCUAUAGUGACAGGAAGCUGUGCCGUGCUUGAUCUAUCAAACAACGAAUUUGAAGGAAAUUUAACUAGAAUAGCAAAGUGGGGAAACCUUGAAUAUCUUGACCUCAGCCAGAAUCGUCUGAAAGGAUCAUUUCCUGAAGUGCUUCCACAAUUUUUACGUUUAAAUUAUCUCAACCUCUCCCAUAACUCUUUCAGUAGCUCUCUCCCAAAAGCUUUUGCUCAGUAUCCAAAGCUUCAAGUCCUAGAUAUGAGUUCCAACCAGUUGGAUGGGCCUCUUUUGACUGAUUUCCUGACCUUGCCUACUUUGCAAGAACUCCACCUUGAAAAUAAUUUACUCAAUGGUGCUAUUGAAUUCUCUCCCCCUUCUAAUAAUGAAUCUAAUCUUCUAGUAAUUGAUCUUUCUCAUAACCAACUUGAUGGGUAUUUUCCCGAUCGAUUUGGUUCACUGACUGGACUUCAAGUACUCAGUCUUGCAGGGAAUAAUUUAUCUGGUUCUCUGCCAUCCUCCAUGUCAGGCAUGACCUCAUUAAUCGCCUUAGAUUUAUCUCAAAAUCAUUUCACAGGUCCUGUACCAAACAACUUGACUAACACCCUUGGAAGCUUUAAUGUCACUAAUAAUGAUCUAUCGGGGUUUGUCCCAGAAAAUCUGAUGAAGUUCCCUGAUUCCUCUUUCCAUCCUGGAAAUUCCAGAUUACAUCUUCCAAGCGGUCCUCCUGGAUCAGGCAAUUUUCCAGCUGAAAAUUCUAGGAGGAAACCAAUCAACACUAUUGUCAAGGUGGUUGUGAUAGUCUCAUGCGUAAUUGCAGUUAUCCUUCUUAUCAUGUUUGCUAUCUUUAUUCAUUACAUCCGUAUAUCAAGGAGAUCUCCACCAGACCAUGUCACAAGUAAAGGUAUCCGUAGGCACACUGCCACCAACCCCUCGGGAGUUAGUGGAACAGAAAGCGGGGGUGCCUUGGUUGUCUCAGCAGAGGAUCUUGUGACAUCACGGAAAGGAUCAUCAUCCGAGAUUAUAAGUCCUGAUGAAAAAAUGGCUGCUGUAACUGGCUUCUCACCAUCAAAACGCAGCCAUUUGUCUUGGUCACCAGAAUCUGGCGAUUCAUUUCCUGCUGAAACACUUGCAAGACUAGAUGUAAGGUCACCGGAAAGGUUGGUUGGUGAGCUUUAUUUUCUUGAUGACACAAUCACAUUGACACCCGAGGAGCUGUCAAGGGCACCAGCUGAAGUCUUGGGGCGGAGUAGUCAUGGGACUUCAUACAGGGCAACACUAGAUAAUGGAAUGUUCUUGACCGUGAAGUGGCUGAGAGAAGGGGUGGCAAAACAGAAGAAGGAAUUUGCUAAGGAGGCUAAAAAGUUUGCAAACAUCAGACAUCCAAAUGUGGUGGGUUUGAGAGGAUACUACUGGGGGCCCACACAGCAUGAGAAGCUCAUUCUGUCAGAUUAUAUCUCACCUGGGAGUCUUGCAAGUUUUCUUUAUGAUCGACCGGGAAGAAAAGGUCCUCCAUUAACCUGGGCACAGAGGCUCAAAAUAGCAGUUGAUGUUGCACGUGGCCUGAAUUAUCUCCAUUUUGAUCGUGCCGUUCCACACGGGAACCUUAAAGCAACAAAUAUACUGCUAGAUGGGCCUGAUCUCAAUGCGCGGGUUGCUGACUACUGCCUCCAUCGACUAAUGACUCAAGCAGGCACCAUUGAGCAAAUACUUGAUGCUGGGGUCUUAGGUUAUCGUGCACCAGAGUUGGCUGCUACCAAGAAACCACUUCCCUCUUUUAAGUCGGAUGUUUAUGCCUUUGGGGUAAUACUACUGGAGCUUUUAACUGGCAGGUGUGCUGGUGAUGUCAUUUCUGGGGAAGCAGGAGGAGUUGACUUGACAGAUUGGGUUCAGUUAAGGGUGACGGAGGGUCGAGGCUCGGAUUGCUUUGAUCCUGCACUGCUACCAGAUAUAGGGAUUCCAGCAGUUGAAAAAGGAACCAAAGAGGUCCUUGGAUUAGCUCUAAGAUGCAUAAGAUCUGUUUCUGAGAGGCCUGGUAUCAAGACCAUAUAUGAAGAUCUUUCAUCCAUUUAGUUUGUUGCAGAAUCCAACUUGGUUGAACUUGAAGCUUUUUCUUUUUUUGUUCUUUUGGGGUUUAAUAUCUCAUUGGCCUCCCUUUUUGAAUCUUUGAUUUUCAGCACUUUAGGGUUGUUAAUUAAUUGUAUCGAUCAUUGCUGUAAAGAAGAAAACAAAGCAUAUUUUGAGUGGAUAGAAGAUUCAGAUGAUAGCUAUUUCCAUGA